AUCAAUACAGUUGUUGGUGUGUAUUGGCGAGCAGUUUGGGAAGGCGACGUAUCGCCGGUGGCUUGGGAAUAUGCUGCUGUCAGUGUCCCAGUUGCUGUCACAAUGGCCCCACUGGGAAGCUUUUUAGGGUCACAUCUACAUAGACAGGUCCUAGCUGGAGCGAUUUACAUACUAGAAGCGGCUGCUUUGAUCGGAUUUUUGCUGACGAAGCCUUCCACUCUGCUUAUACUGCAAGGAGCCGUGAUUAUUCUCAUGUCAUUUGCAUUUUUCACGGUACUUGCCAAAAUGGGAGAAAAAAUCAUGGUCCAUGAUGCCGAUGUCAAGGUAAGGGAAGUAGAGGUAGAGAAAAAAGGAAAGUAA